UUAGUUUAGUAGUAUCACUAAGCCCCGAAUCUUUUCCCAUUUCAAGCUAGCGCUACUCCGCUGGAGCCCAGGGUUUGUCUCAAAUCGGCGGCGAGACUACCUCCAGCUUCUAAACCCCGUCCGCCGUCGCUUGAUCUUCUCACUUUUGGUGCGAUCACAGCUUCCCAGAAGCGCAGGAUCAGCAAUAAUGAAGUUCCAGAUAGAGGAGGUGACAGUCUACUUCCCGUAUGACAACAUCUACCCAGAGCAAUACACGUACAUGGUGGAGCUGAAGCGAGCCCUAGAUGCGAAGGGCCAUUGCCUCCUGGAAAUGCCUACAGGGACGGGGAAGACCAUUGCACUUCUUUCUCUAAUCACGAGCUACGCUCUGGCUAAGACUGAGAGCCCAAUCAAGCUAAUCUACUGCACGCGGACGGUGCACGAGAUGGAGAAAACCCUCGCCGAGUUGAAGUUCUUGCAUAAUUACCAGGUUAAGCAUCUAGGGGCGGCUGCAAAGAUGUUGGCGAUCGGCUUGUCGUCGAGGAAGAAUCUUUGUGUCAAUCCGACGGUUUCGUCUGCUGAGAAUCGGGAUUCCGUCGAUGCUGCUUGUAGGAAGCUGACGGCGAGUUGGGUUCGAUCUAUGGCCGCUGAAAAUCCAAAUCAGCCGACCUGUGAGUUCUAUGAGAACUAUGAUAGAGCAGCGGGUGGUGCCGUGUUGCCUGCAGGAGUGUAUACGUUAGAGGAUCUAAGAGCUUUUGGGAAAGAGAAAGGCUGGUGCCCGUACUUCUUGGCAAGGCAUAUGGUUCAGUUUGCAAAUGUGGUGGUUUAUAGCUAUCAGUACCUGCUUGACCCAAAGGUGGCAGGGAUUAUAUCCAAAGAAAUGCAAAAGGAGUCCGUGGUUGUAUUUGAUGAGGCACAUAACAUAGACAAUGUCUGCAUUGAAGCACUCAGCGUGAGCGUCAGAAGGCAGACCCUCGAAGGAGCUAUAAGAAAUAUUUCUAGGAUAGAGAACGAGAUUGACAGGUUCAAGGACAUUGAUGCUGGUAGGUUGCGGGCUGAAUACAACCGUCUUGUUGAGGGUUUGGCACUAAGAGGUGACCUAUCUGCCUCUGAUGCUUGGCUUGCCAACCCUGCAUUGCCUGAUGAUAUUUUAAGGCAAGCAGUUCCUGGGAAUAUUCGUCGAGCAGAGCAUUUUCUGCAUGUCUUGCGUAGAUUGGUCCAGUAUCUGAAAGUAAAGUUGGAUACAGAUAAAGUUGAAAAAGAAAGUCCCGUUAGCUUUGUAGCCUCUAUCAAUUCCGAUGCUGGAAUCGAUCAAAAAGCGCUAAAGUUUUGCUAUGAUCGCUUACAUUCCCUUCUAAUGACAUUGGAAAUAACCGAUACAGAUGAAUUCCUCCACAUCCAAACAAUAUGCGACUUUGCAACCCUUGUUGGGACCUAUGCCCGUGGAUUUUCCAUAAUAAUUGAGCCUUUUGAUGAGAGAAUGCCACUGAUUCCUGAUCCUGUAUUGCAGCUGUGCUGUCAUGAUGCUUCACUUGCUAUCAAGCCUGUUUUUGACCGGUUCCAGUCAGUUGUGAUAACUUCUGGAACUCUUAGCCCAAUUGAUCUAUACCCCCGACUCCUCAACUUCCAUCCAGUCGUCAGCCGUAGCUUUAAAAUGUCCUUAACUAGAGAUUGCAUCUGCCCGAUGGUUCUCACUCGUGGAAGUGAUCAACUUCCAGUUAGUACCAAGUUUGACAUGAGAAGUGAUCCGGGUGUUGUAAGGAAUUAUGGCAAGCUCUUGGUGGAGAUGGUCUCUAUUGUUCCAGAUGGAAUUGUUUGUUUCUUCGUCAGUUACUCGUACAUGGAUGGAAUUAUCAACAGUUGGAACGAGAGUGGAAUUCUGAAGGACAUAAUGCAGCAUAAGCUUGUAUUUAUUGAGACUCAGGAUGUUGUGGAAACCACAUUGGCUCUUGACAACUACCGAAGGGCUUGUGAUUGUGGUAGAGGUGCUGUCUUUUUCUCAGUUGCCAGGGGAAAAGUAGCCGAGGGAAUUGAUUUUGAUCGACAUUAUGGCAGACUAGUAAUCAUGUUUGGUGUUCCUUUCCAGUACACAGAAAGCAAAAUAUUACGUGCACGGUUGGAGUAUCUGAGGGAUACAUUUCAAAUAAAGGAAGGCGAUUUCCUGACAUUUGAUGCCUUGAUAGAUGUAAUGAAUAUAAAACUAACAGAUAGAAAUCUGAAUCAGAGACAAGCUGCACAAUGUGUCGGCCGUGUGAUCCGUUCAAAGGCUGAUUACGGAAUGAUGAUCUUUGCUGACAAAAGAUAUAGUCGUCACGACAAGCGGUCUAAGCUGCCUGGGUGGAUACUAUCACAUUUGCGCGACGCAAACCUUAACUUGAGCACAGACAUGGCCUUACAUAUAGCUCGCGAGUUCCUUCGAAAGAUGGCUCAGCCAUACGAAAAGACCGGCUCCACAACUGGUCGAAAAACACUCCUGUCGCAGGAAGAUGUCGAAAAGCUGGGCAACAACGGCGCCCAGGAGAUGCUGUAUUAGCCCCAGAACUCUGUACAUCUUUCCCCAUCUUGUAGCUCUCGAAUGUAAAUAUAAAUCCACGCGAGAAGCUUCCUUUGCAGCUCCACAAUUUUGACUGCGAAUCCAUGUCUUUUUUCUUCUUCCGUUGCUGUAUGCUAUAACUGUCUUUGCAUAUUCAACAGCGAUUUAGAGUCCAUAUUAUAUUCAGUGUCUUUCUUCUUCUUCAGUUGCUGUACACCACCACGCUUGCCGCCAGGCGCCAGCAUCUUCCCUCCCCUUGGCUUCUCUGCUAUAGCCACGGCUGCGCUCCCGCGCCUCUGCUCUCUCGUCCAGUACUUUUACUAUGAAUUGGGUGUAAUAUUUGGCUUGAUCAAUCUCUGCUGUUGCCUGGCCUUCGGCGGCCUUCACCUGGCUGUUCUUGGCCUCCAAUUCAUGAAUCUUCUUUCGCAGCAGCUGCUUCAGGGUACUCGCUUGUGUCCCCUAAGAUCGACGCAUUGUCCAUGCGACCUGAGGACUAUAAAUCUCUCGUUCAGCUUCUCCCGCACUCGCCGCUCGACCAUCACGUGGUUCGUGCUCAACUGGUCACUCAGCCGGCGGCUUCGCGAGAAUAGGACGCUGAGCAAGCUGUGGAGGAGGAAUUUGGAUAUGGUCCACCAGUUGGAUUUUGGAGGAUGACCCUCCAUUUCCCAUCCAAUGUUCCAUAAAAAUGGGCCAUUAAAUUAAAGGUCGAGAUUCAUAAGAAAAAAGUAGUAGUGGAGAGUGAAGCCAACAAUUGAAAAGCAGCUAACGAAAAAUUGUUUUUGGGGUUCGCGGACUGAAAAGGAGCUGACACGAGAGAGUAGAGAAUGCAA